AUCAAGCACCUAGGCAUGCAGAAUGAUCCUACAAACAUUUGUGAAAGAAUGAGUUGCUCUCAGGAGCUCAGUGAAUUGAAGCAUGGUACCGUGAUAGGUUGCCACCUGUGCAAUAAGUCCAUCUGUGAAAUUUCCUUGCUACUAAAUAUUCCAUGGUCAACUGUUAGUGGUAUUAUAACAAAGUGGAAACAUCUGGGAACAACAGCAACACAGUCAGGAAGUGGUAGGCAACGUAAAAUGACAGAGCGGGGUCAGCGCAUGCUGAAGCGCACAGUAUGCAGAAGUCCCCAACUGUCUUCAGAGUCAAUAGCUAAAGAGCUCCAAACUUAGUGUGGCCUUCAGUUAGCACAACAACAGUGUGUUGGGAGCUUCAUAGGUUUCCAUGGUCGAGAAGCUGCAUCCAAGUUGUACAUCACCAAGAGCAAUGCAAAGCAUCGGAUGCUGUGGUGAAAAGCAUGUCACCACUGGACUCUAGGGCAGUACUUGCCUGACUGCAUUGUGCCAAGUACAAAGUUU